AUGGUAAUUCUUAUCAAGGCAUACAGUUAUGUGAUGGAUACAGAUGAUGAGACUGAAGUUUACUUGCAUCAAUUAAAAGAAGUGUUUGAUAGCUGUGAUUCAUUUGAUAAAGGUUAUUUAGAUAAAGACGAAUUAUUAAAACUUUGUUAUAAAUUACAACUUGAGGAGCAGGCAGAGGCUAUCGUAGAUUAUCUAACAGAAGACACUGAGGAAGCAAAGGUCACUUUUGAGGCAUUUAAAGAAAAUUUUGUAGAAAUCUUAUGUCAGUCUACCAUAGAACGUGUAGUUGAUGGAGAUAAAAAUGAUAGUAAUAGUCUAGAUGUAGAUGAUGAUGAUAGCGAAGAGGAAAGUGAGGAAGAAACUGAUGAUGAAGAUGAAGAUGAUGGAGAUGAUGAGGAUGAAGUCAUAGAGGAAAAGAUCAUUAGUGAAGAUAACGAUGUUGAUGGGUCUGAUGGCAACCAGCCAGAUUUACAAAAUGAAAUCAGCAUUAAGAAAUAUGGAAGAAAGUCCAAACCCUUGAGUAAAGAAGAUUUUGAGGAGCUGAAUAUUCCAGACUUACAAGUCAAAGCAAACAAAAUUGUGAAAGGCAAACCACCCAUCAAGCCGAAAAAACAAAAGAAGAAAUUGAAACGACGUGUGUUAUUCAUUAUCAAACAUAUAAUGAAGAAACAAAGUGAGGCAGAGAUUCAGAAAAGAAAUGAAGAACAAUUUUCCUCUUUAACAGAUAACACCUCAGAUGAAGAGAUGGAAAAAGAAACAUUUGAAGAUGAAGGUGUGUUAAAUUUAAAUCUGUCAGAGCUUGAACAAGCCCAGGACUUCACAACAGGGGAGGAUUAUCUACGUAGUAUAUGGAAAACGAAUGGUAUAGGGAAAGAUGGUUACAUAGGGAUAGAUGAAUUAAAUACAGUAUGUGCCUAUAUAGGCAUGGAAGAGAUGAAUGAUGAGCAACUACAUGAUCUGUUUAACAAACUUGAUGCUGAUGGGGAUGGUAAAAUUAGUUUUGAUGAGUUUAUUGGAGGACUGUUUAAUCAUUCCAACAUAUCUACCUCGUCACCACCCAGAGCUCAUGGAUCUACCACACCCAGGGCAAAUACACCCAGGACACAUUCAGCUCAGAAGAAAGUCAAAGUUUCCAGUGGUGACGACAGGUCAACACCUUCUAUAGUACCAGGCAGUGGUGUCUCUGGUGUAUUCACAACUAUAGAUCCAGAAAAUACAGGGUUUGCCAUGCCAGAUACAAUUAUAGAUUUUUGGGAAAAGCAUAAUAUUCCUAAUGGUGCUGAUAUCUUAGUGGCUUUAGGGUUUGAUCUGGUAACAAAAGUGAACCUUUCAGACCUAUCACUGGGAUUAGAACAAGUCUUAAUCAAUGCUGAUGAACAGGAUGCAGUUUAUCAAGCAGCCCUGUGUUCUUGUCAACAGGAAAUAAGACAAUUGAAAUCUUUAAAUGAGCAAUAUUCUUGGGCAACAGACAAGUUAAAACAAGAUCUAAGUGAAGCUAAUGCUAGAAAUUCUAUGUUAGCAAAAGAGGUUGACGAAAGACAUGCUCAUUUGGAACAAUCGUCUGAAAAGAAACUUGUAACUGUGGAACGUAAAUACCAAGAGCAAAUCAAAAGUUUACAGGGUCAGUUAGACGAUGAAAGAGAACAAUACUCAGCACAUACCUCUAAACUGAAAUCUAAGAUACAUACUGAAAUGGAAAAUCUAAAGCAUGACGAGGGCAGACUCCGGGAAAAUCUCACUCUAGCUCAUAAGGAAAUAGAGAAAUUAGAGUCUGAUUUGUUUGAAACAACAGAAAAACUUGCAGAAACAGAAAAACAAAACUGUAGAUUUCAGAAAGAACUUGAAGCAACAGAUGAAUUACAAAGAAAGUUUGAUGAACUAGAGAGUAAAGGAAUUUUCUUACCUAACCAACACAGUUUACUGGACAGAAUGAAGGAGAUGGAAGAGUUAAACAAGGAUUUAAAGGACAGAAAUGAUGAACUUACAGCUGAAAUGGAAAGUGUAAAACAUCUACUACCCAGCAGAAAAUCAAAGGCAUCUCAUGAUUGGACAUCAAAGAUACCAGUUAAAGAUGGAACUUAUCUGUCUGAUUAUAUAAGAACUAAGAGAGGAAGUGCUAGGUCUAGUGUUUCAGAUUUCUCUGAUGAUGAGAGUGUGACUGGUAUCCCAUGUCAUCCUGGACGUAUCAGAAGGAGACUUCCCACAGCACCUGAUGAUGAUGAUGCCAGUAGUGUAUGUAGUAGUAUGCAGAAUGACAGAGACUAUAUUGAUGUACUGAAAAGAGAGUUAUAUGAUACUAGACUAAACUUUGAUAGAGAGAAGAAAGAAAUAGACCAAGCCUAUAAAAUGGAAAUUACAAAGAUAGAAGAAAAACAAGAUCAGGAGAAAGCAGAUUUACUAAAGAAAGUCAAAAAUGAUCAGGAGAAGAUGAAACAGGAAGUGAACAAGAAAAUGUUAGACCAGUUAGCUGAGCAUCAACAAGAAUUACAGACUGAAUAUGUAAAUGAGAAACAAGACUUGAUCCAGAAAUAUGAGUCACAGAUCAAUCUUCUAAAGCAACAGUUUAAAGAAGAAAAAGACAGUAUUGAAUCAAGAUAUCAGGCAGAACUAGAUGGUCAUGUUAACAAAGUGAAGUCAGAGUAUCAAAAAGACAAAUCAGAACUGGAGACGUACCUGACAGGACCUACCUCAGCCUUCCAGAGAAUGCAACAGGAGAACUCAGAACUCAAGGAACAGGUGAACUUCAUGAAGGAGGAGAUGGAAUGCCAUCAACAGGAGAUGAACGAGGAGCUUGAAACAGCACUUGCCAAUACAGAGACAGCACUUAGACAGCUUGAGAAAGAGAAAGUAGAACUUAAUAUACAGCUUAAUUCUCAGAGAGAAGAAUAUGAACAACAAUUAAAAGAGGAGAAGUCGAGUCUUGACGAAAGGUUUGAACAAAAACUGAGAAAAACAGAAAAAGAUCAUAUGAGAAUACUAGAAGAGAAGCUAGAAGAACAAAAAUCUUACUUGGAUAAAUCUCACAAAAAGCUGAAAGACCAACUUUGUAAUGCAUAUGAGUCAGAACAUGAACAUGUGGUUCAGCGAUAUGAAAGUGACAUUAAAAUACUGAAACAAACAAUAGAGGGAUUACAGAAUAAAACAGAUGAAGAAAGGGAGAUAAUUGGCAGGAGGUUUGAGGAGGAUAGAGAAAUAAUGCAAGAAGAGAUUGCAAGAGAAAUUAGACAGGAAUUAGAGGAGGAAAUAAUAGGUCAGAUGGAACAAGUAAAGGAAGCCUUUGAUGAGGAGAGGGGUAAACUACAGCAACAGUCUGAGAUGUAUCAAAAUGAGUUAGAGGAUGCACAGCGAGAGCUAGACAGAAAUAGAACCAAUCGUAAAAAGACAGACGAAAUGGCCAAAACUAUUACCAGUCUGCAAAGGGAGAAAAAACUGGCUGAUAAAACAAUUGAAGAUUUACAGUUGACUCUAAAUACCACUAAGAUGGCAAUGGAGAGAAGAAUAGGAGAAAUAAAGGUAGAAAAAGAUGGGGCAAUAUCAGCUGUUAAAACAGAGUUUGUUCAGUCAGCUAAACAAUCAGGCAAAGAUAAGGCUGCUUAUGAGGAGGAAAUUAAUAUGUUAAAGAAACAUUUGACAGACUUAGAAAAAGAAAAGAGAAAAAUGCUAGAAUUGCAAACUGCACAGGAAGACAUGGAAAAGAAAUGUAACCAACAACAGGACAUUAUACAUAACUUACAAGGCCAAUUAGAUGCCUAUAAAACUAAAAUCAUCCCUCCACAUGCACAGAGUAUAAUUGAUGAAUUGGUAGAACAAAGAGAACAAUUACAAGAUUCGUUGAAUUCUGCACAUCAAAAAUUAACUGAUGUUGACCAUAAAAUUGAGAACCUUACUAAAUUACAGAAGAAAUACAAUCACAAUGUGGAGAAAAACAACAAUAAUACUGAGACUCCUGAAGAUGAUCAGCCUGAAGGUCUUCAAAAAGAGAAGGAAAUUUUGAUGGCAUUAAAGUUAGAGCGAGACAGAUUAGAAACAGAACUUGAGAAUGUCAGUACUAAGCUUGUAAAAGCCAACAAUGAUCUAGCCCAGAACCAAACACAACAUGCAGAAGAGAUGAAGAAGUACCAUGUCAGUAAUGGUAUAGAUAUAGAUAACUUUACACGACUACAGAUAGAUCUGGUCGAUCAACAGAGACAACUUAGAGAACUACAGGAAUUCAUUGAAGCUAAAGAGAACGAAAAGAAUAAAAAAUUCAAAGUGAGAGAAGAAGAAAUGAAGAAAUCCAUCAAGGAACUAGAAGAAGAUAAGAAUUCAUUACAAAGAAAAUUAAGACUAACACAACAGAUGCUGGAUGAACAGAUCGAGAAAAUUAAAAAUCAUUAUGGUGAUUGUGAAAAAAGAAAUGUGUUAGUUGUGGAUUUAUAUAAAGAGAAUUCAGAACUCAUGGAAGCUUUGUGUGUCAUGGAAGAGAGGAAGAAAGAUGCCGUCAGUCGAUGUUACAGAAUGGAAGACCAAUGUCGAGCUUUGAAAAUGAUGCUUAAAAAAGUAUAUCAUGUCGCUGUGACGUGAGAAAUGACGUUAACUGUCAUGCUUUACCCACCAGUAUUUAAGGCAGCAGUUAUACUCAUUUUAUGGUGCUAAUCUCAGAGCUGCUGAUUCUGAGAUCAAAAUACUUAAGUGCCUUACUGAUGAGUGCUGUUAUUAACAAAAACAAGUAGUCAGAAAAUAGUAUUUUCCCACUUAGGAAGUGGAUGAUAUACUGCAUUUGCCAUGUUUGUUCCUCCGUCCAUUCAUCUUUCCAUCUGAAACUUUCAUUGCAUAGUACUUUGCCUCUGCAGUAUGGAAUGAUGUGAUAUAUAUGAUCUGGAAAAUUAAAAUGCAAAGAUUUUCUGAAUUGCCAGGAAAUCCUGGUUGUCCAUAUUUAAAUUUCAACAAUUACUUCUGAGGAUGGAAUUUUUUGUCAAUAUUUAAUUGCAAGUUGGAGAACACAUUGCAUGACAUUAUGCAUUGCACUUUGUUUGUCAUAAAAUGACAUUUUGUGAUAGUGCUACCUCUGAUUUAAAUUAUUUUGAAUAUUUAAAACAAGUGUUAUUAUUUUUCUUCUGUGAUUUUAAAAAAUGUUGUUAGUUAAUGAAAUGUUAUAUUGUAAAGAGAAUAUUUAUGUUAUGAGAUCAUUCAUUAAAGUCAUUAAUAUAAAAUGUAAUAAAAAUAAUAUGGAAUAAUCUUCCUCUACUCCUGAGAGUUAUGAGUG